AGUCUCGGCGCUCAACUCCGGCGAGGCUGGAGCGCGGCGCGGAGCUGGGCAGGGCGGGCUCCGCCGCCGGCUCCCGGGGCGCCGCUCCGCAGCGGAGGCGGCGGGCAAGCGGCACAAGUGCGCGGCGCCUCCGCUGCGUCUCCGCUUCUGAUGCCCCUUCGCGACUGCACGCCAGCCCGGCGGCUCCGGGAGGAUGCGGCUCUUCCUCCUCGCUGCAACUUUCUGCGGAUUGUGCCUGGCGCCAGGUUCGGGUUUGCAAAUACAGUGUUACCAGUGUGAGGAGUUCCAGCUAAAUAAUGACUGCUCCUCCCCAGAGUUCAUCGUGAAUUGUACAGUGAAUGUUCAAGAUAUGUGUCAGAAAGAAGUAAUGGAAAAAAGUUUUGGGAUCAUGUACCGCAAGUCCUGCGCCUCCUCGGCCGCGUGUCUGAUCGCCUCCGCCGGCUACCAGUCCUUCUGCUCUCCUGGCAAGGUGAACUCCGUCUGCAUCAGCUGCUGCAACACUCCCCUCUGCAAUGGACCCCGGCCCAAGAAGAGGGGCAAUUCUGCUGUGGUGCCGAGGGCACGCAUGAUAACCACUCUUCUGCUCCUUACGUUUGCUCUGUUGUUUUUGUACUGCUAAACUUCAAGCAAGUUGGUUUGGUGGGUUUUUUUUCCCCUGACACAAUUUGUCCUGCAUCCUUCUUUCUUCAGAGACGCUGCAAUUAUUUUCUGUUUGUUUCCAAAUCCCUGUCAAGAGCAAGGGAAGUUCAGUGGCUGUGUGAAGAAAAGGGGCUGAUAUUUUUUGUCAGCUAAUGAGUUCAGUUAGCAGAUUGGAUUUCCAGUGUGCACUUAAAAUUCCCAGCAGGAUACAGAACUCCUGUACCUUUUGCAUAACUGGAAACAAAUCCAUCUGAGUUACUCCUUUUGCAAUGUUGUCGCUUUCCUCAGUCAUUUCAAUGUCCAUGUUUUUAAGCUCAUUGCUAAGCAUUAACUUUGCCUUAUGAAGUCAUACUUGAUGUUCACAAAGGCCGUUCUGUGCGCCCUGACCGGGCUCUGAGCAGGUCUCGGGGGGCACCGCUUCCAGGCUGGGAUCUCCUGGCGCAGGACCCGGCUCCCGUGGGCUGCAGCUGGGCGUGGGCUCCUUCUGGAAGGUGCUCAGGAAAACUUUGGCGUUGCCCUUGGUGGAAGAGCCGCGCCUGGAGGAGGUGAAGAGCAGCGGGCGCAGGGAGCGGCUGCUCCGCGCCCCGGAGCUCUGGUUGGCCCUGAGGAACCUCUCCUUGUUGGCGUGCUGCAGGGUGAGGCGGCAGCACAGCACCUGCAGGAACACGCUGCGGAACUGCCGGGACGAGAUGUUGUACAGCAGCGGGUUCACCACCGAGCUGAGGUAGAAGAAGAUGUCGGCGAUGGGAAGGAGGGUGAUGUAGGCUUUGAAGUAGGGGACGGUCCAGUCCUGCUUUGGUUUAGCAGCAGCCAUGAUCCUUCUGACCUGGUUUGGCAUCCAGCAAACCGCCAGAGUGGCAACGAUCAGUCCUGCGGGCAGAGAGAGCAAGAAAGAGGUCUGUGUACGUGGGGGAAGACACAUGAAAUGCUAUCAGUUCUGCACUUACUUGUUAGGAAAUGGUACCAAUUUUUCAGUGUUUUGCUUGACAGCUUUUUCUGCCAGUAGCAUUUUUUGUUUGUUGUUUUCAAUAACUGUUGCAAGGUCACUGUGACACAUGCUCAGACAAAACACUGCAUAGCGUUUGGAUGGUGUUCCUUUGUACCUGUUGUCAUUUAUUGGUUCUCAAAGUGUUCUUUCUCUGAUCAUCUGUGUCUUUGAAAAGAAUACAGUUUUAUUUUGGUUUACAUUUCUUACAUUUCUUCUGUCUUUCCCUUUACUUUGAAAAACCAACACAGUAAAUAGAACCUAUAGCCAUAUUAGAUCAGGCAAUACCCAGAAGAGAUCAGAUUCUUGUUUGUACUUUACGAAAAAGAAAAUGUAUGCAUAAUAAUAUAUUUCGUGUUAUUUUUGGUAGAUUUCCUCUUACAGAAGCUAUUUUUAAGUAAAAUGUGUAUGGAUCUUUUUAUGGUAAUUAAGAUAUGUUGGGCUUUCUUAAAAAUCAAAUUCCAGUGGAAUUUAAUGAUGAAUGUAAAUGAGAAAAACCCAAGCCUAGUCAUGAAAGUGUAAGCAGUUUCAGAUUGUAAAUUACGCUUUAAAAUGUGGUAUCUGACCAUUUUGUAUUUAUAUGUAAAUAUAAAUACAUGUUGCUGCAUCACUAAUGGCAUUAAAAAGGGGUGGCCGAA